ACGUCCUGCCCAGAACUGUCAAAUAUUAACUAAGUUAAAGACUUUGUCUGGCAAGUUUUUUUCAAGUGUGAACAAACUGACAGACUGGGGAAAAUGGAAUCAAGUCCUGCUUUUUUGUGUCUUUUGAUGUGCUUCAUUGUUUAUGCUUCUACAUCAAAUGGUUGCUCUGAGAUCCCAGUGGUCGAGAAUGCAGUGGUUUCUGAAAGCUCUAAAAAAAACCAAUACUCUGAGGGUGAUACACUUGAAUACAAUUGCGAUCCUGGCUAUAUGUCUCAGAGAAAAAUAACCUACCAGUGUACCAAUAAUGAAUGGAAAAAAGGUCGUGAUGUUAAAUGUUCACUCAAACCCUGUGAGUCACCUCAAGAUAUUGCAAAUGGUCAUUACGUUGUCGAAAAGGGAAAACCCUUUGUUUUUGGAACAACCAUCAAGUAUAUCUGCAACGAUGGCUACCAGAUUAUGAGUCGAUUUGACACCAGAACAUGUCGGGAAGGUGGAUGGGACAAUCAGUUACCUGAAUGUGAAGAGGUAUCAUGUCAACGAAUAGUCCCAGAAGGAAAUGUCAGAGUGGCGGGACUCCCUGACCACUCUGAUGACUUCAUCCGAAGUGGACACAGGUUGACAUUUUCAUGUGAGGGUAAUGGACUGAUUAUACGAGGAGAGAAAGUAAUCACCUGCCAGUCAAAUGGAGAAUGGAGCAGCCCAUUACCUACAUGUGUUGAGGCAACAUGUCUUCUGCAGUCGAACAGAACAGUGGGAGACUUACAAAUUGAAGGAUUGCCUGAUAUUGCGGGUCCCGUCAAACCUGGACAUAAGCUAACUUUUUCAUGCACUGGAGAAGGGAUGACAUUAAACGGAGAGAAAAUCAUCACCUGCCUGUCAAAUGGAGAAUGGAGCAGCCCUUUUCCUAUAUGUCAAGACCUGGACAUGUUUUACUUUUUCACUGCACUGAUGUGA